CUUCACGUCGGCGGGAAGAGUUAGUUUGCGAUGGGAGAACACGAAGCGCGCGGCUGGAUCCGCAGCGACGAGACCGCGAAGCAGAUGCUAUCGAGAGUUCUCGGAGACCGCGCCUUCCUGCUUCUUCCGCCGCUUCACCGCGUGCCUCUACGCGCAGGGAACGUAGUCGAGAUCACUGGCUCGUCCCCGACUGCGAAAACUCAGAUCCUGAUUCAAGCCGCCAUCACUUGCAUCCUCCCGAAGACGUGGAACGGCGUCCACUACGGAGGAUUGGAGAAGCUGGUGUUGUUUCUCGAUCUGGAUUGCCGAUUCGAUGUGCUUCGUUUAUCUGAUAUGCUCAAGCAUCGCCUCCUCGAAGCUUACCGGAUAGGCAAUGGAGCAUGGUGGCAGCUUGAAGAGUCUAAUGUUAAGACUCAAGACAAGUCUAAGAUUGUUUAUGAUGAGGAGUUGUAUGUUUCGUGCAUGAAGAGGUUCUUGUAUCUUCGCUGCUAUGAUAGUCUCGAGCUUUUGUCUACUCUCAAGACAUUGCAUUAUCGGAUCAGACUGCAGGAAGCAUGUGGAAGCCAAGUAGGAGUGCUUAUGAUUGACAGCAUCGGCGCUUUCCACUGGACUGAUCGUCUAUCGUCAUCAUUGGCAUUGGAUAAAAACAACAGGAAAAGUCUCUCUCUUACGAAUGUGGUGGAGACGAUAGUGCAAGAGAUGAAGAAGCUAAUGCAGGUGCAUUCACUGGUAGUAAUUGCCACUAAAGCUACAAUCUACGAAGAGAAGUAUCCGACAAAUGAGAAUAAUCGGAACAUCUCCUCACACAGUGAUCUGUUUGGGAAUCCUUCAAGUAAAGCUCAGCAGCCUCCAUUCCGUGAAUUCAUGCCUUCUUCUUGGCAGGCAUUCGUGACACAUAAGAUAUUCAUACGAAAGUCAGACGAUCAUCAUAAGUCUUUGGGACAACAAAAUUUAUCAGCAUAUUUACUUGAAUGGUUACAACCACAACUUAGUAGCAUUGACCGAUUCAUAGUAGACGAUUCUGGUAUUGUCAUUGUCUCAUGACUUAGAGAUUCCGUUUCAGAAAUCAUAACUAUUGUAAGGUAGCUAUUAGCUAAGCAGCGUGCAGCAAAGUCUCCAGAUGUAAAGUUAAUGCAGAGUUUAUUUAUUUACAUCAGAAAGAGAGAGAGAAAAAAGAAGUAAAAGACAGAAAAGUUAACCUUUAAAAGUAACUUUGUUCCUUUUACUUGAUAAGGUUAUUCUUACAAUAUGUGGAUAACCUUGUCUUAGAUAUAAAAAGAAAAAUCACACUCGCACA